AUGCCUGCGCAGGACCCCGGCCAAGUCGGGCAGCUCCUGAUCACAUUGGAGGCAGCUCGGAAGCAGGACAAAGGCACAAAGAAGCGAACCUACACCUGCAAGAAGACUACUUUCGACAUCGCGGGCACCAAGAAUGUGACUGUGGACUCGUGGAAGUUCAACGACUGGGAUUACAAGAGCAAGGGUCUUCCCACGUAUGCCCGUGGACUUUUCACCACAAGGCGCAAGGAUGGUCAGCCCGAGAUCGCAGUGCGCGGCUACGACAAAUUUUUCAACAUUGACGAGACCAACAAUACGAAAUGGAUGAACAUUGAGCACAACACCAAGGGACCCUAUGAGAUGAGCGUGAAGGAAAAUGGAUGCAUCAUUUUCAUCGCUGGUAUGGAAGACGACAAAUUACUCGUUUGUAGCAAACACUCAACUGGUGUUCGUCAUGAUACCAACCUCAGCCACGCCCAGGCUGGUGAGAAGUGGGUUGAACGCCAUGUUGCUUCCGUUGGCAAGUCCUCGAAAGACCUUGCCAGGAAGUUGCGUGAAAUGAACGUUACUGCUGUCGGAGAGCUUUGUGACGACACCUUUGAGGAGCACGUUCUCGCCUACGAUGAGGCUGCUUCUGGUAUCUACAUUCAUGGUCUCAACUACAACCUCCCCACGUUUGCUACAAUGUCUGGUGAGCGAGUGCAUGAGUUUGCAGAUGAUUGGGGCUUCAAGAAAGCCAAGUACGAGAUGCGAGACGACAUUGCAUCUGUCAAGAGUUUCCUCGAAGGUUGCGCUGAAACAGGAACUUGGGACGGCCGUGAAACUGAAGGUUUCGUGAUUCGAUGCCAGCUGAGUGAAAAUGGUGGGCCCUAUCAGGAUUGGUUCUUCAAGUACAAGUUUGAGGAGCCUUACUUGAUGUACCGCCAAUGGCGUGAAUGCACCAAGGCCGUUAUUGCAGGAAGGCUUCCCAGAAUCAAGAAACAUGAGAAGAUCACCGAGGAAUAUCUCCAGUUUGCGCGCAGGCAGUUCAUCAGAGAUCCCGCGCUUAUUAACCAGUACACCCAUAAUCAUGGUAUCAUUGCCUUGCGUGAAGCGUUCUUGCAGGAGCGGGGACUGAAGGGAUCCGAGAUUAUCGCCAUGGAAGCUGAAGGGAAGAAGGGUGGCAAAGACACAACUCAGAACGUUGUUCUCGCUCCCAUCGCCUCGCUGGGCUGUGGUAAGACCACAGUGGCCCUAGCUUUGGUACAUCUCUUUGGAUGGGGACACAUUCAGAACGACAACAUCCCCAAGCAGAAGAACAAGCCGAAGAAGUUCGCCUUCGAGAUCACCAACGCAAUGUCAGAAUCCCCCGUCGUCAUCGCAGACCGAAACAAUCACCAGCGCCGAGAGCGCAAACAGCUAAUGGAAGACAUCUUCCCCGUGAUCAAAGACACCCAAUUCGUGGCUCUUCACUAUGUCCAUGAGCCCAAGGCCGAACUCCUUCCCGCCAUCAAAGAAGUGACCCGAAAGCGAGUCCUCGACCGAGGAAACAACCACCAGACCAUCCGAGCCGGCACCAACAGCCCCGAAGAAACCAUCGGAAUCAUGAACGGCUUCCUCGCCCGCUUCGAAGGCAUCGACAUACACCGUGACCCAGACGAAAACUUCGACCAUGUAAUCGACCUGGACGUCUGCGCCUCCUCGCGUGAAAACCUUGAAGCGAUCGUGCACGCCCUUCACGACGCCUACCCUCUCCUCGUUCCUGAAAUCCCCAGCCAUGACGCCCUAGACGCCUCCAUCUCUGCCGCAAUGAACGACUACGAAGUCCAAAAAGACUUAUCAGCAGGCUACUCCAAGCCCAAGAAAAGUGGUUCAACAAACCUGGCACCAGCUAUUCUCGCCCGCAAAAUCGAAUACAUCUCCAUCUCCGUCUCCACGCACACAAUCACCUCAACUCUCAACACCCUCUUCACCAAUACCCCCCCGAGACCGCAGUCCCAUCCUACCAUCUGGUCCCGCUAUACAAAUGCCUACAUCAACACUCUAACCAACAACCCUGUCGAAGACCCCAUUUCGAAUCCACCCAGUCUCGGUCCUGCGCGCGUCCGUCUGGAACGACUACUCUGGGACGAUAGGAUCAUGACUUUUGUCGUGCGGAUCUUGUCUGGUGAGGGGGGAGAGGAGUUGCCUUGUGCGAAUGCUAUUGCGCAUGUUACUGUUGGUACGGCGAGUGCGGAUAUUAAGCCGAAGGAGAGUAAUGACUUGUUGGCGAGGUGGGUUGAGGGGGGUAGUGGUGGGACUACUGGAAUUAAUGAGAUGGAGGUUAGUGGGGUUUUGGUUAUAGAAGGGGUUGUCGGGGUUACUAUGAGUCGGGGGAAAUCUUGA